UGGCGACUCUUUUAAAAUACUGAUGGACGCGGUUGAAAGGUCCGAGAACUUUAUUAGGAAUAAAGGCAACGAUUACAUCAACCAUCUCGCCAAUAACCUUUCGACUUCGGUCAACCUUCAGAUUCAAGAAUAUGUCGAAAGAGUGAUUAGGGAAGCGGAAAACAACGUAGGACACUGUAAGCCUCUGGCCUACAUUUACCAUCAAGGCGCUUCCUUAAUUUGUGAACGUCUAGUCGAUCCGAUAAACGCAUUUUGGCUGGCCACUAUUUUUUGCUGCAUGCUUCUCCUGCCCGUACUGCUGGUAGCCCAUUGUCUGAUGUGCUUGUACUCUAAAAUCUAUCCGUCUCCGAUUGUCGCUCAAUUAGCAGCAGUAGAAGCAGCAAGAUGUCCAGUUUGCACAGGUCCGCCGGUCAUGCUAGCGCCGGCAAAUAUUUUGUCACAAGAUUUCCGCGGCAAGGCUGGGCUCACAGCUCCAGAAGAGUUGGACAGGCCGCUACAAGUUGUUCCAGUCAGAGCGGAAUCUGUAGCGAUCAGCAAACGUAAGAAAGACUAGGUAAACAAAAUGAGAGAUCGGCUUAAAUCAAAUUCUGCAGUGUUUGAAUAUUAAAUGUCUUUUAUCUGUUU